AAAUGAAAAAACUUACCUUUCUAACAGUGAGUGAAAGUUGUGACGAUGGAUAACUUGACUCAGAAAUUAUUUGAGUGUUUUGGCCACAGAAAAUUUAAAAGUGAACUUCAAGAACAAGCUGUAAGAGCUAUUGCAAGGGGUGUUCAUGAUGUUUAUGUGUCAAUGCCAACUGGUUCAGGAAAGUCUUUGUGCUUUCAAUUACCUGCUAUGCUCCAGGAUAGCAAAGUGGCUAUUGUUUUCUCACCGCUGCUGGCUCUAAUAAAAGAUCAAAUUGAUCAUCUUGCGAAGCACAAGAUUCUAGCUGAAUCUAUCAACUCAAAAAUGUCUACAAAAGACAGAGAAAGUGUCCUAAAUGAUUUGAGGAGUGUGCGACCCAAUACAAGAUUUCUGUAUGUAACUCCAGAACAGGCUGCCACUGGGACAUUUCAGUCACUGUUUGAGCAUCUGAUAAAGUACAAAAAAGUGUCUUAUGUUGUUGUUGAUGAAGCACAUUGUGUCAGUGAGUGGGGCCAUGAUUUUCGUCCUGAUUAUUUGAAAUUAGGAUCUUUGAGGGAGAAAUACAAGUCAGUACCUUGGGUGGCUCUCACAGCCACAGCCAGUGUGGAAGUGGCUGCUGAUAUUCUCACCAACCUCAAGCUAUUGCAACCUGUUGCCAAAUAUAAAACUCAAAGCUUCAGAAGAAAUCUAUUUUAUGAUGUUAUUUUUCAAAAUUGUGUUGAAGAUGAAGUGGGUCACUUGCUGGAAUUUUUGAAGAAAUGUUUAGGAGCACAAGAAAAUGUCAAACCUAAAGACAAAAAUGCUGUUAUUGUUUAUUGCCGGACACGUGAGCAAACAGAAGAUUUAGCAAAUAUGUUAACAAAAAAAGGACUAAAUUCAUUAGCAUAUCAUGGAGGUAUGAAAUCUGCUGACCGUAUCAAAGUGCAGGAACAAUGGUCGCAAGGCGAGUAUCCGUGCGUGUGCGCCACAGUCUCGUUUGGUAUGGGUGUGGACAAGGCAACCGUGCGGGCUGUGGCGCACUGGGGGCUCUCACAGAACGUUGCUGCCUAUUAUCAGGAAUCCGGAAGAGCAGGUCGAGAUGGAAAGCCGGCUUUCUGUCGAAUCUAUUACUGCAUCAGGGAGAGAAAUGCUGUAGACUUCUUGCUCAAGACGGAGUUGGGCCGCGCGAAGACACCUGAGCAAAAGCAACGUUGUAAAAACGGGUACGAAAGCUUCGAAAUUAUGGUGAAAUACUGCGAGGAAGUGAAAUGUCGUCACAAAACAUUCGCGGAGUACUUCGGCGAGGAGCCGCCGCGCUGCGCGGACCGCUGCGACGCGUGCGCAGACGAGCGCGGCUCGCGGCGCGCGCUCGAGCAGCACCAGCGCCGGGCCAUGUCCGUGCAGCUCGAGCGCGCCGGCUUCGGGCCCGCCGCCGCCGCUGACUUGGACGCCGCCGACAUGUACGGCGGCGGCCGCGUCGGACAGCGCCGUGAAAUGGACUCGUACUACGGCGUGGCGAGUGAUGAAUCUGACGGCGAGAGCAGCCGGCGGCGCGUGGCCGAGGAGACCCGCACUCUGAUCCAGAAGGAAUUCGCCAGUAGGAAGAAGAACGACCACAAGAAACAAGACGACGAACAAUCAGCCAAAUACUCCAAAUGCAAGGCCGCUAGUAGCACUGGAACUAAAGUGAAUGGCUUAACAGUCGCAGGCCGAGAAGGUUACCUCUCAUUACUCACGGACGCUCUUACCAAUAAUUUAACUAAUUCGGUAGAAACCGAGCGUCCGGAUAAGCCGCUGUCGCGCUACGACGUCGAACAAUGUGCAGUCGAAUUGGAGUAUGAAGUUUUCUCCAGUAAUACAGUUAUCAGUCUCUAUAGAAGAGCUAUUGCUAAAUUGUUAUCAUCAGUAAAGUCCUGCAAAGAUCACCUUUAUCCAAAGCUCAAAACGUUUGAACCGAAAAAACGCAACACUCUUGGCGAAUUUGUGAAAGACUUUGAAUCUAAACAGAAGAGCGAACGAUGUCACGAUUUUGUCACAGCGUCACAGUUAGCAUCUGCCAAUGUAACCAGUAAAAAUGAAGAAAGAGCUUUGUCUAAAGCAGACAAGGAAACCAAAAGAAAAGCGAAUUCAUUUAAAAGAGACAUAUUAACACAAACAAAACUACAAACUUUCUUUAAAAAAGCAUCUGAGGAAUCGUCUCUUUCCACCCCAGUAGAGAGUGACGACGAUGGCGGCAGCCUUAUUAUAGACGAAAAUCUCGGUCAUAGUGAUGACACCACUUUAAAAUUAGAGGAUGCAGACAGCUCGAGAGACUUACAUAAUGAAACUACUUUAAAACUUUAUGACAAUGAAAGUAAAAGUAAGGAAAGAUCUUUUGUAAUAAACAUUACCUUGCAAGGUGUAAAGAGUAAUGAAAAGAAUAAAGCCAAAAAAGAUAGAGUAGAAAAUAACAAGACUAAAGAAAUAAAAGAUCUCCAGAACAUUAAACCUACGGCAAAAAGAAAAAUAAAAGUGCUUUUCGGUGAAUCAUCCGACAGCGAACCGGAAUUGCUACCGAAAAAGGUAAAAGUCGACGAAAAUAUUAAUUUCAAGUCGAGUAAAGAUAGGAUCUCACAUUAUAGUAAAAAGUCUGAUAAAUCUGAUAAACAUAAAAAAUCACACGCUAAAAAGAGCAAAAUUCAUGAGAAGAGCGAUAUUAAAAAGGCGAGUAAUGAUUUAUCUGACGAGUCAGAAAAAGAAUUAAUUAUUGAUGAUACAGAAAGUUCUCAAAACAUUUUUACUGAUUUGAACGAAAUGGACAAUUCUCAGCAAUCCUCUAAAUCGAGCAUCCAAUACUCAGAUGAUUCUAAACAUUUAAAUGAAAAUGAAAAGCAAUCGGAAAAUAUUGAAAGUAAAGAAUCUGAUAAUGUGGAAAGUUUGAAUAGUAGUGAGGAACCAAUUAACCCAAUUAUUGAGAUUGAAAAAUUGGACAAAGCGCAUAGGCUGAGUAAGGAAGCAGAAGAUGUUCUUGAGAAGUUAAAAAAGUUUUCCGAAUUACCACAGACUCCCUUAGAAAGUUCUGUAGAACCUAAACAUUUAGAAAUGUUAGAGAUCAAAGAUCCUUCUCCCGUCAACCUAGAUAAACACAGUGAUAAAUCUAAACACAGCUUAUCUUUGAAUAAAAAAUCUAAACACCUUAUUGGUUCGAAUGGUCAUCACAAAAGACAUCACAAGGGUGAAAAACACAGCAAAGAAAAAUAUAAUACAGAAGAAAAGAUCUUUGAAGAAAAAGGUAAAACUGAUCAGAAACAUAAAGAGAAUCAAGAAACUUCUAGUCAAAGGAAAGAUGGCGGGAAAGAUCGAAAGCAUAAUAAAAAAGAGACUGGAGCGAAAAAAGUGGAUCUCGCAGAAUUGGUAGUGAAAUUAUUGAUGCCGUACUACAAACACAAAAAGAUUAGCAGUAGGGAUCUGUUUAAAAUAACUGCUCGCCACAUCGUUCACCAGCUGCUUGCAAUACAAGUCACAGAAGAAGCAGCUAUUAACAUGUUGCUUAAGAAAGCUUUCAAAAAGGAAAUCAAGAUUGAAAAUGAAAGUGACUUGGUAGUUAAGUUAAAUUUAAGCAAAGACAUGUAACUUGUUAUAUUUAUAAUAGUUUAUUUAUUAUUUGCAUGACAGCUUUCAAUGACUGUCAUAUUGUUAUACUCGUAAUUGUUUUAAUAAAAGUAUUGUAUUUUUUAA